UGUUUCUGGUGGUCUGUGAGAGAUUUCCUCGUUGAGGGAGGGUGUGCCCUAGGACUACGUUCUUAACCAUCGCCGGCGAACCGGAGGCCGGUGGCGGAGAGGGAGCCAUUAGCGGCUCUAGCUUUGUGAAGCGGCGGAGGCUGAGACGCAGAGGACUCUAUCGAGCAUCUGUUUUCUCUCUUAAGCUGCAUAAAGUUCCGAUCUUUGGAGAAUAGGGGCCAUGAAGGCUGGGAGAAAGAACCUGAAGAAGGCCGUGGAAGAAGACGGGCUCGCUCUCCAGGAAGGUCAGAGCAUCAUGCAAGUCGUAUCUCUUCGAGGUUCCAAUCUCAUUGAGGUCAUGGAUGCAAAAGGUGUAAAAUCUUUGGCUCUAUUCCCAGCCAAAUUUCAGAAAAGCUUCUGGAUUAAGAGAGGGAGUUAUGUUGUGGUAGAUGACAGUGGGAGGGAGAAGGCUCUUGAAUCUGGUAGCAAAAUAGCAUGUGUGGUUUCGCAAGUUCUUUUUCAUGAGCAAGUUCGGGCCCUUGAAAAAUCUUCCCAGUGGCCAACAAUCUUUCAAACAAAAACUGCCAAUGAAUGUAAGGACCUUCCAGAACCGUCAAGAUCAGAGAUUGAUCACGAAUUAAGUUCUGACGAUGAGGAUGGCCUUCCUCCACUUGAGGCAAAUUUGAACAGAAACAAUCCUUUAGAGCUAUACUCAGAUUCUGAUUCUUGCGUAGAUUCAGAUGGCUCCUAAGUAGCCGAAAAUUUGAUUGUCGAUGGGUCUGACUGAUCUUGGAGUAAUCUUGGAGAGGGGAAGAGGUAUACCAGGGAGUUCAAUCUGAACCAGAAUGAGAGUCAUAUCAUUUGAACAGAAGCACAAAGCACUGGUUCAUCUGUGAUUGUUGUUUUACUUUUCAACUGUGACCUAUUUAAGGGCCUUUUUUUGUUCUUGUCAUUCUUUUACUCUAUUUUGAAUGGAUAUCUUGUUUUCGUAGGGGACUCCUUGAACCAUGCUGAGGUUCACUUGUGUGUCCACUGAAAGGCAAAGUGACAGUUAGCUAUGUUGUUCUUAUUAGCAAAUCAUGCAAGGUUCUGGAUUUUGUUGGAAUAAGUGGUUUGGUUUUUCUCAA